AUGGCGCCGCCUCGAGGCCCCAGAGACGCGUCCGGAGCCGCCAUGGCCGCCAAGGUGAAGGUGGAGAAGCCAGGGAGCCGCUGGAGGAGGAGCCGGGAAAGGGACCCGGAGAGACCCCGGCCAAGGAGGCCUCGCCCAGCGCCCCCGGGAAGAGACUCGUUCGUGAUCCGCCUCUUUGACCGCAGCGUGGAGCUGGGGCAGUUCCCGGCCGGGACCCCCCUGUACCCCGUGUGCCGCGCCUGGAUCGGGCACAGCCCCGCGCCCGCGCCCGCCCCCGAGCAGGUCCGUCCAUACCGGUCUAUUCAGGUCCAUACCGGUCUCUAA